UUUCUCUUCUGAGCAUUCAGAGCGGGGGGCUGCUGCGGGGGGGAGAGGCGGCCACACAGCGCAGUGCACAAGAAGGCACGCAGACCUCCGCACAAACCGCCACACAAACCGCCGCACAAACCGCUGCACAAACCGCCGCACAAACCGCCGCACAAACUGCCACUACUCACAACGGCGCCUACCCCCCAGAUGGAGUGACCCAACUGAACGAACAAAACGUGCACACACUGCUCCAUCUAUACCUCAAAGCAGAAAAAGUAAAAAAUGAAGAACUCGUCCUGAUUAUCAACACCUUGGGCAGCAUGGAUAGAACGGCCUUCUUUUACCAAAUGGAUUUAACGAAAACUCAGAGGGUCCAACUUUACGAGGCUCUCAUAAGACGAAUAAAUUUCGAGCGUACGUUCGAUGGGAAGGUACUUGCGCUCUUCCUAUUUAAUUUACAAAAAAUGCUUAAAUUGGGGGAGAUAUCGGAAGGGGUCUUUUUCCCCACUGUGCUGAAAUUGGGUACUGCCUUCAGAGAGGCUGCCGCGGGGACGAAGUUGCAGGCCAUGUGGGCGUCGAAUUGCAAUUCGGAAAUCACCAAGGGGAGAAAAAACAGAGAGCUGACUUCCAAAGGAGUGGAAGUUCCAACGAAGGAUGUUACGAAUGGUCUGCAUAGCCUGAAUAGUCUUGAUGACAAUCUUGUGGGGGAGGGUGCCCAGGGGAGGCUUCCCCAAUUGAGGAGACAUUUUAACCUGCAAGAGAUCGGCAUGGUGCUGCAAUUUUAUGACGCCUUGGUGGAGGUCUCCCAGGGGAAGAAGGGCAACCCGGGGAGUAACUUCCAACCGGCGCGGCAUACCGCAUUUGCACAAAAGGGUCGAAGUUUUUACGACGGAGGGGCAGUUGCAGUGCGGCGGAUGGGGGGACACACGGGGAAAGAAGGCGCUGCAGCUUCACACAACGUAGCUGCUGAAGACUCCGCUGUAGAGGACUCCGCUGCGAACAACCCCGCUGCGCACAACCCCGCUGAAGACGCCCCGGCCGAGGAAAGGCCCCACCUGGGUAAACUGUACGAGCCGUCAGUACACCUGCUGAAGGAAAGCCUCCUUUUUUACGCCCAAGCGAGUUACGAAAAAAAGGUCAAAAUGAACACUCUCGAUUUCUGCACCCUACUGAAGGGAUUCUCAAAAGUAUUCAAAAACACAUUCCUAGAUCGAAACAUACUUCCCAUUUUUCAAAAUUUCCUAAUGUCUAAUGGGAAGAGGAUUAAAAUAAAUGAGUUGCAAAUAAUCCUAAAGUUAAUUUUGGAAAUGAGAAAAUCGGAUUUCUUCCUAUCCUUGUGUUGCGGUAGGAAUUGCUCCAUUUUUGAGCACCUGCAGAGUGUACUCUUGAGAAGUGUCUUGAGCGAAUCACCCAGCUGGUGGAAUCAGGAAAGGAUGGAAGCAUGCAUCAUGUGCUUCUACUAUAUGUCCUUCUUAAACUUCAACCCGAAUACGUACCUCGUGGUCAACCAAUUUAUCAUGGAUCACGUGACAUGCAGCCACGCCGUUGCGCUUGUGCCCUACGUCGUUGUGAGCAAAUUUAACUACCACCUGUUGGAGGUGAGAGCCGUGAGAAGGGCGGAAUCAGUCAUGGUGGCAGAAGAAGCGGAAUCAGUCAGAGUGGCAGAAGAAGCGGUGGCAGAAGAAGCAGUGGCAGAAGCAGAAGCAGUGGGAACUACCAGCAACGACCAACUGCCCCCAAACAAGCAACUCACACACAGCUUCGACGGAAUAGACAAACUCUAUCAGUUAAUAAAUCGACACUUCCAAAAGUAUAAGACGUUCUUUGUGCUAAACUGUAUUUACGCUCUUACGAAGUUACUAAAGGAUAACAGGACAAGUACCUUCCCACCCUUUUCAAAUUUUCUUUUCCCCGAGUUAUUCUACAAGUUGAGCGAUCGGCUCUUAAUGCACCGUGGAUUGGGGAGACAGCCACAUGGGGAUCAUAUCCCUACCCAUUAUGACUACUUUGUAAAUUAUGUCAAGUACAACUACUGUUUAUUAUUUCUUUGUCAAUAUAUCGAUUUGAGCAUCUUUCUCCAGAAGGUCUCCUUAGGGGUUGAAUUUCCAUUUGCCUUUUACACUCCUUUUAAUGCGUACCUCACCGCGGAAUUUUUAGCCAACUACGAACGGAUGCUGAGGAGCGGCGGUUUUGCGGUCCCUCGGGGGGUUUCAGAAGAGACGAACGAAUCAAGCGGGCCAGUUACAGGGGCAGUUACAGAGGCAGCUACGGGGGCAGCUAGCAGGACCAGUGCCCUUGCGUUGGCGCGAGAGGUGAUGAACCCCCCGUGGAGAGAAAUCCAAAUGGAGAAAAAAAAACUGUUGGAAAAUGUAACGAGGUACGCAAAGGCGCAUUGCAAAAUGAUGAGCGUGUACGACCUUAUACACUUGAUCAAGGCGUUCAAAGUGGUAGCCCCCUUGAUGGGCAGUGGCUGUCUGUCUACGCUGCACACGUGCAUGUCAAAUUUCACAUUCAACGGAAACGUUAAAACGAGCAGCAGCUUCGAGCUGCUAACAGAAUUGAUCAAAUUUAUGUACCACUUUGAAUUGCAAAACGGGGAAGUGUUUGAAGACUGCCACGACACGAUAGUGCAUAUGUUGAUACUCGCAUUCAGAAUUGUUUUUAAAAAUUUACCUGACCGUACAGACAAUAACUACCUUGGCAUGCUGCAGUUUUCCAUCCUAUAUGUGUCUCACUUUGUGCGCGGAGCAAAUUUGGUUUUCAAUUCGCUAUCCCUCACCGAUUUGAAACGGGCGGAUUACUUCACGAGCUUGUCGCCGAUGAACUUGGACAAGUACCCCCAGUCGUCGUGCACAUUUCAG